AUGAAGUUUGUUCUGCAAGUGCUGGGAAAAACUGCCGACUGGAUUCAGCUGCUGCUGUGGGAUGGGCACGUGGCUGCUAAGGCCCACCGGAAGCCCGCCAGAAACCCGCUGGAAGCCCACCGGAAGCCCACCGGAAAACUGCUGGAGGGACAGGAAGGAGCAGCCUUGAGGCCUCGGUUCGGCCCCCGUGUUGGCAGAGCUGUCGGGGGGAGCUGGAAUGAGGGCUGCAGCGUGGCAACGAACGAGCGGGGCUCCCGUGGGCCCGCCCCUCUACUGCGGCUGGCGGGGGACGGGGGUGGCUCCAUGAGCUGCACUCUCCUCAUGGAGUCAGGAGGUGGGCCCGGUCGUCGGUCCCUGCAGGUUUAUAUGGAGACAUCAGAUCUGCUGGUGCCAUCCCAGGACUCUGACUCCAGAGUGGUGUCUGCUGAGAAGAGAAGCCAUGGACCGUGGGCAGGCUCCAUCCUGCUUCUGCUGCUGCAGCUGCUGCUAAUGUGCAGCCACUCCAAGGAUGUCGAGAAGAUUGUGGGAGGCCAAGCUGCCCCAAAAGGACGUUGGCCAUGGUAGGUUGGACUAUGGCUGAUCUCAAAAGGCCACAUAUGUGGGGACUCCAUCAUCCACCCACAGUGGGUGCUCACGGCUGCCCACUGCUUCCUCAGGUCUUUGAAUCCCAGGCUCUAACAUAUUAGAGUCAGAGGGCUGACACUCUCUGUUUUGGAAGACAAGUUGGUCUUUGUGGCUGUGAGGAAGCUCCUUGUCCACCCUUCAUACCAGCGGCACCAGGCAUCCAGCAGAGAUAUCGCCCUGGUGAAGCUGGGCGUCACCUUGAGGCCCUCCCAGUUCACCCCCAUCUGCCUCCCAGAACCGGGUGCCCCCCUUGUCACUGGGACUAUGUGCUGGGUAACGGGCUGGGGGGCCACCCAGGAGAGAGCCCUGGCGAAUGUCCUUCAGGAGGUGGCCGUGCCCCUGUUGGACUCGCAGGAACGCGAGGAGAUGUUCCAUGUGGGAACACCCAGCCUGGCUGGAUAUCGCCUCAUCCAGGAUGACAUGCUCUGCACCAGCUUUGUCGAGGGCAAGAAAGACUCCUGCCAGGGUGACUCUGGGGGACCGCUGGUCUGCAGCAGCAACAAUACGUGGAUUCAGGUCGGGGUUGUGAGCUGGGGAUUGGGCUGUGCUCAGGCACACUGGCCUGGUGUCUACACCCGUGUGCCAACCUACACAGACUGGAUUUGGAGAACCCUGACUGAAGCCUCCUCAGAUACCUCUGGGUCCCCUUCAGAUGCCUCUGAGUCCCCCUCUGGUGCUGCCGGGUCCCCCUCAGGUGCUGAAUCACCCCCAGGGGCCUCUGGGUCUCCCUCAGGUGCCUCUGAGUCCCUUUCUGGCACUGCCAGGUCCCCCUCAGGUGUCAGGUCCCCCUCAGGGGCCUCUUGGUCCCCCUCAGGCAUCUCUGGGUCUCCCUCAGGCACCUGUGGGUUCCACCCAGUGCUGCUGUUUGGGCUGUUGACCUUUACCCUUGCCUGGGGCUCUGUGAAGUGUGAUCGAUGGAGUCCAGGAUCCCCCUUGUGGUAGGGUUGUUGAAUCUAAUAAUAAAAGAUGUAGUCUUUUA